ACUUUACGGCAGUUAACCCACUUUUAAUCUUAUCAAGCAAGAAAUAAACGAUGCUGUACUUAAUGUUGACAGUCGUUUAAAUGCAGUUCAUGUUAGCUAGCUAACAGCAAAAUGAAGGUAGUUAGCUUCUAUACAUUAGCUUUAGCCUAGUUAGCAACAGCUUCUCCUUAUCAGUUGUGUAUCAGAAAGCUGGAUAAAGGAGCGCUAAAUUCGCUGCAACGUGACUGUCGUUGUUAUUGUGAGAGAUGAUUUUGGCAGACAAGUGACCCUGGCAGUUUGUCUCCGUUGCAGGCGUGUGUUAUCCCUGACUGAUAACGUUAGCUAACAGUUGCUAGCUGGACGGCGAGGCGUUAUUUGGUCUUUAGUUACUGUUACAGCUCAGUGUCAUCGGGUCUAGAUUAAUCGAGGAUGUGCGAAUCCUUAGCACAUAUUCCCACACGGGAUCUGUGCAGCACUGUUCGUCUCUUCUCAAAGCAUUGUUGUCUUUUGUAGUUGUCGUUGUCAUGGCUAGUCAUCUGAUAUCAAUAAUGUUAUGUUGAGUGGGUCAGGAAGAAUCUUCUCUCAUGAAAAUGUCCUUGUUUGGCCACUGAAUCAGUGUGAGGAAAACAAUUAUGUUCAAGGACUGUUUAUUAUAUACAGGGCACUUUUUUUUUUAUUUUUUUAAAAGAAUGUUACUAUAACAAGCAUAGGCUAUAAUUGCUUAAAUUUAUGACUUUUAAUAUUUGAAGUGCCAGUUUAGCCAAAGCGCUGUUUACGUGGCAGCACCUUGUACACACUGUCAAAACAACGAUAAUGCAGUUAACAAUGAAGAAUCAGAAUUCUCGUGCACACGAUCUGGCUUGUUACUCCUCAGAGAUAUGUGGGAUUGAAAUAGAAAUGUCAAUGCUAGAUGGUCUUCCGGGUGCUUUAUUUUUAAGAGCAAACAAAGUUUGGAGGUCAGUGAGAAACUGAGUCAUUGAGACAGAAUAAGCAAACAGGGGCACACACGGUGUACUAAGAGCAUUCUUAAUGAUAUGGCAUUCCCCUUAAGGGAAACAGUGGGAGGGUGCAUAGAGAGGAAUGAACAGAAAGAAUGAGGACUGUUGCAUUAACUUGAUGGGAUCAAUGUGGGCGACAAAGUGAUGGUCUAAGGACUCAGAGUCACAGAGGUGCUUGCGCGUGGAAUGUUGCGCUGGUCGGUGCACCUUGAAGGAGGGCCGCGGAGAGUCAACCAUGCUGCUGUGGCGGUGGGGCACAAGGUGUACUCCUUUGGAGGCUACUGUUCUGGAGAGGACUAUGAGACACUACGUCAAAUUGAUGUGCAUGUCUUCAACACUGUGUCGUUGCGCUGGAUGAAGUUGCCUCCAGUUAGGACGGGAGGACACGAACACGCCCGUGAAGUGCCGUAUAUGCGUUAUGGACACACAGCCGUGCUGUUGGAUGAUACUAUCUACCUCUGGGGUGGGCGCAACGAUACAGAGGGGGCCUGCAAUGUGCUGUAUGCCUUUGAUGUCAAUAACCACAGAUGGUACACGCCUAAGGUUUCGGGGACAGUCCCUGGGGCAAGGGAUGGCCACUCCGCCUGUGUCUUGGGGAAGGCAAUGUAUAUAUUUGGAGGAUAUGAGCAGCUGGCUGACUGCUUCUCCAACGACAUCCACAGGCUGGAUACCAUCACCAUGGUUUGGUCAUUAAUUAAUGCCAGAGGUGCUCCGGCACGAUGGAGAGACUUUCACUCAGCCACCAUCAUAGGGACAAAAAUGUUUGUGUUUGGAGGCAGGGCAGACCGCUUUGGUCCCUUCCACUCCAACAACGAGAUCUACUGCAACAAGAUCAAAGUGUUUGACACAGAGACCAACUGCUGGCUGAGCACCCCUUCAACACAGCCAUUGCCAGAGGGACGCAGGAGUCACUCAGCCUUUUCCUACAACGGGGAGCUCUACAUAUUUGGAGGAUACAAUGCCCGUCUGGACCGGCACUUCAAUGAUCUCUGGAAAUUCAAUCCAGAAGCCUUCUGCUGGAAAAAAAUAGAGCCAAAGGGGAAAGGCCCAUGUUCGCGGAGGCGACAAUGCUGUUGUAUGGUUGGUGAUCGAAUCAUCCUCUUCGGAGGAACUAGCCCCUGUCCAGAGCAAGGAAUGGGGGAUGAAUUUAACCUCAUGGAUCAUUCAGACCUAUAUAUCUUAGACUUCAGCCCUAAUUUGAAGACGUUAUGCAAAAUAGCUGUUAUUCAGUACAGUCUGGAGCAGGCUGGACUCCCACAUGAUAUCAGGUGGGAACUGGCAGCCAUGACGACCAACAGCAACAUCAGCAGACCCAUCUUCUCCUCACAUGGCUGACGCAGCUGAAUGUAAACAGAACCAGAAUUCUGUUUAAGAAAGCAGGACUUUUAUUCAUUCUGGUCAACUGUGCUUCAGAGGACCGUUUAUGAGUAGUCUGGAUGUAUUUCCGAAUCAUUUUCCACAUUCUACAGGUGAAAACUUUGUACUGACCAAAAUAUCCCGUUUAAGAAUUCCUUGGACAUCGUGGAUCUUGCUAUGCCUAAGGAUAUUUUAACCUACAAGACUCUGGGUGUGUGAGACAGAUAUCGUUGAUGCCAGUUCACAUUUUUCCUCUUCUUUCUAGCCUCUAGAAAUCCAAUCAGCCUAUGAUAAUCAUAGACUUGCAAUUUUAAGCACAGGAAGAGGCAAAAAAACUUCAGCCAAAGGUCUUGAGAACUAACGUCUGUUGAGGAUGUGAAGAUGUCACACCCUGAAGAGACUACCUUGAGCUGCAGAAAUAAAGAGACUGUUAUAGUCGUGAGUCAUGUCUUGCAGCUUUAACGUGGACAUAAAACCAUGUAAAAUUAUCAUGUCCAUAAGCAGAAACAGCUAACUUAUUAUUAUCGGGUUCUGUGCAAGGAGAAAGAAUAUUCAGGACUACAAUAGUUGAGCGUUAAGCUUGUUAGAAGUCUGUUGGACUGAUUUUCAAUGCUAAGCUAUUUCCCUGCUUCAUUAUAACUGAAAGGCACUCACUGCUCUCAAGUGUUUCUAAGGUGAUUUACAAGGCAGCUAAAAAAAAAAGCUGUCUGCCCAGUAAAAUAAUGAAGACCUUCUACCUCCCUCAAUGGCUUCUAUCAUUGGGUCUUUAAGGCUUCCCAUUCAUUUAACACCUGCCAUUCCCCAGAAAAAAAGCCUUUUCACAGUAUAGUUGGUUUUUCUGAAGUGCUGCACUGAGGAGUGUGACUCACCUGCUGGAUCUCUCCUCAGCCCAUUGAGUUUGUGGGUUUAUUUUUUAUUUUUUUGGUGCCAAAUGUAGAAGGGAAUUUUGAUGCAAAUAUAAACUGUGUGGAAGAUUUGUAAGGCUACACACAAUCUUUGCCCGCCUGCUCCAGUUUGCCUGUUGUUGGGAAGCUCAUCACUAAUAUGCAUAUAAUUCCUUUUUAUAGACAAUCCUGCUACUUUCAGAGAGCCCCUUGGUGACGGACUUAUUCAUAGUAGAUAUUAACAAAGGAGAGGUGUUUGUGUACAAUAACAAGCAGAUGUUAUAAAUGCGUAAGGGCUGUUAUUGGGUCACACACACCGUGCAGUUUGAAGACAACUUGGAAAAGCUGAAAAUGAGGUGGUUUGUUUUUUUUUUUGUUUUUUUUUUUUAGGUAAAGGAGAUUUUGCUCGAUGUUUUUGCAGUUAUCAACAAAACCCAUAAAAAGACCAAAACAAACUGCGUGCAAGGCCUUUUCACAACACUUUCCUGCCCUGUCUGUGGUUUUUGUUCUUACUAAACGCUGGACAGUGUGGUCUUUAACAUCGGGGGACUAAGUAUGAAAUUGGUUUUGACUCUUGGUAGAGGAUUUGAUGUAUGUAUGUUCAGAUGGAAACAGGACAGUAUAUCCAGGGCAGUUUGUGUUCAAGUUUUUGAGUAACUGCUAUACCAGACAGUGUUUUUAAAUGAAUUCAUUUUUGCUUUUGAUCUUUGUGAUCUGUAAAAAUACAAUAACAUCUGAUUUGUCACACGAGUAAUGCAGCAUGAGAUAAAUGACUCUGAGGAUGCAAAGGCAUGAGCUCCUGAUCCUGAGCAGUAUAAAGUACGACACUCAGCAAAAAUAAAAUGGUAAUAGAAACCAUCAUUACUUAAUGGUAAGCUACACCCCAGCUUUUCAGCUCACCAAGUUUUCUUUUUCUCUCUGUUCUGCCAAAUGGUUAAAUGUUCUCCGUAUCAGUUUGUAAUAGGGCUGUGGGUCCCAAACAUCAGGAUUUAACAACACUGACCUUUAUCAUAAAUGUUUACAAAAGGAAAGCAGUGUAAAACAAUCUAAAUGCAGAUUGGACCCACCAGAUAACUGCACUAUAGCCAAUUGUGGCAUGUCUGGCCUUACAGAGAUGAGACAUGUUGAUGCUGCUUUUUGCCUAAGUAGACUCCGGAGUUUGAGACGUUUGCCUGCCCAAACCAAGUUUGAAUUUUAUUUCCAAGCCAGCCGUGCCAAUGUGAGUCAGAGAGGCUUAACUCUCUCUGCACUGCACAUGGACACUUGAUACUUUGAGAUUCCUCAGAUGACAAUACAAAGAAAAGCUAAUGUAGUAAAAGGACAAGGUAAGCUAAAUGUGUUCACAGGCGAAAAAAAAAAGAACAACCCACUGGUGAUUAAAAUGACACCAAAUGCCGCUGGCAAAACUAGAUGUGUUUUAAAUGUGUGGAGGAAUUUUUUAUUUUAGGAUUUUGUUCCUUGUGUUGUUGAGUGUGAAGGUUUAUGAAUGAUGGUAAUUGUGGUGUAUCACAUUAAUAAAAUAUUAAAAUGAAAAUGUAGAAACAGAAAAAUAAAACCUGCCCAAGA